AGCAAUUUAAACGUCAACUACAGCUUUUAACUUUCACAUUCCAUUUCACAUUACGCGAUUCUUUCUCAUCUUUAAAGUAGUUUGAACAAUUCUUGCAUUAUAGCCAAACAUGGGGACGAUACCGAAAGGCUCUGAGUACAUCAAAACGGUUCCUUUUUUCUUGAAGAUAGCAGAAUUUGUUAUACUGUUGGUAGCUCUUGGUACACUGGGAAGAUUUAUAGACGUACUCAGCCCUUCAGAAAGUCGCUUAGAUUUUGGAAUGUUUGCAAUUGUCGUCUCCUGGAUUGUUGUCAUUGUGAUGGUUGUAGUUUUUGUUAUUGGAUUGCAUGAAAAAAUUACUGUCAUAAACUGGCCAAUGACUGUGUUCAUCAACAUGGUGAUAUGGGCUGUGAUGCUGUUUAUAGCUGGUUGUGUCAUAGCUGACAAUGUUCGCGAAUAUGAAGAUAAGAAGAUCUGUGAUGGGCUGAAAUUUGCAAAAAGAGGCGCAAGAUGCGGGCAUCUCAUUGCUGCUACGGUUUGCUGUUUCAUUGCAACCAUUCUUUUUGCAGUUGAUGCUUUCUUCAACUUCCGGAUACUUAGAGGUCAAAGUGACUCAUCUUCGGCUACGGCCUCUGCAUCUGAAACGACUUCCACAUAGGGCGGUCAAACUGUACUUUUCACCAGCGGUUUACUUGAAUGUUUCAACGGUUCUUUUUGACAGCGGAUGGAACUUUCGUCAUAUUUUCUUUGACAAUUAAAGCUUCGUUUAUUGUCAUAAAUACGCACUGACUAUAUAUCAAGUGUCAUUUUCAUUUUCAUUUGUUUCACUUUUAUGUAACAGUAGUUUUAGCAUGCUUUAUUACUCAAAUAAAACAUGAAAAUUA